UUGGUUAUGGUCGAUAUUUCCUUUCGUUUCGAAACACUAUAGUGCUUUUAACGAAAUUGUGUGUUCUUUGGUGGUGUUUUAUAAAGUUUUAGCCAUCUGUAGGACUGAUAAUUUCAGAUUGAGGAUGUCUGAAGGAGAGAGUGAUCAGUUCUCCUUGCGGUGGAACAAUUUCCAUAGUAAUCUUACGUCUGGCUUCCAUGCAUUAUUACAAGGAGAGGAUCUUGUGGAUGUUACGUUAGCUGCAGGUGGCCAGUUUGUUCAGGCUCACAAAAUAGUGCUCUCAGUCUGCAGUCCAUACUUCAAAGAUCUGUUUAAGGUUAAUCCCUGUAAGCAUCCCAUUGUAAUUCUGAAAGAUGUGUGCCACAAAGAUUUGGUUGCUAUCCUGCAGUUUAUGUAUCGUGGAGAAGUGAAUGUACGACAAGAAGAACUGGCAACUUUCCUCAAAACAGCUGAGAUGCUACAAAUUAAAGGACUUACUGGUGAAGAUUCUCCUAUUGAGGAAGAUAUUACACCAGUCCCACAGCCCUCUGUUAGAACGAGAGCUCCGCGCAGGGUGUCAGAAAAGUCGUUACAUGGCACACCAGAGAAGAAAGAGACUGUAGCCAAUCCUGUAACUGCAGAGCCUGAAGAAGCCUCUGCACCUCCUUAUAAACGUAUGAAACCUGAAGUAUCCAGUGCAGUAUUAAGUUCUCCUGUUAUAACUGAGGAAUCGUCUGGUGUAGAGUUCAUUGAAAUGACAAAUCCAAAACAAGAACCUGUGGAAUAUGAGACUGAAAUUGAAGAGGUUAACAGGUUACAGAACAGAGAUGAUCCUUUGGUUCAGCUGCUUGGAGGAGAGAGUAGUCAGACUCUUCAGGACUCAUCACAAGGUUCUUCAAUAUUUGCCAGCAUCCCUAGUGCAUCACAAGACUCGGGCCUUCCACAAGACUGCGGUCAAGGCUCACCUGAGAGUUGUGCAUGGAUUGCCACAGCUCAUCUCAGUGUCAAGUGCCCACUGUGUUCACGGGAUUUUGUCAACAAAUCAAAUCUCAACAUCCAUAUCCGGGAUGUACAUAGUGAUGAACGAGGACCAUUUGCAUGUCCACAGUGUGGCAAACAAGUGAAGAAUAGGAGCUGUCUUCGUGUACACAUGUACCAGCAACAUCGAAAAAAAGAGUCCUCUGGAAAGACUGAUGUGGACCCUCUUGUUCUGCAACCUUGAGGACACACUUUCUGCAUCAGAAAGAAAACAUUAUAAUCCUCUUCAGUGUGAAAUUUAUCUUGGUUAUGAAAAGUCACAAGGGAAUAUAAAGUGUAAAUGUGGAUAUUGACACAUUUCAAAAUUGACAUGUUUACUCUGAUGUCAGAUACCAGUGAAAUUAGCCACACUGCCAUGGUCACUCUUGUCCAUUCCAGAUAUCUUCCUCAAUUUCUUUAAUCACUGACACACAUCUACUAGCAGUAUACAUUUCUUCUGAUGAGCAUGGCCCUUGAUGGACAUACCUACUGUUCUAGCAGCAGGUGUAUUAAUGUGAAACAGAGAAAUAUUGAAUCGAAUCAGAACCAAAACUGUGUCCUUCAUGGCUACUGGGUGAGAGUAAAAGUAAUCUCAUCGACCUUUGCCUAUUGCCAACACUGAGAAAGUGUGGCCUUUAUCUCCACGCUUCAUACAUCAUCAUGGCAUUAUGCCUAGGCACAGUGAUAUCUUUACACAUUUAUCUAUUUCUUAAUUUGUUUAAUUCUGAAAUAUGUUUGUAUCAUUACAUCAUCUGAAUACAGUUUUAUUUAAAGCCUAUGAAAUACAGAAAGUAGGCUUAAAAUUACCCUGUGUACACUAUUCCAAAAUCAGUUCCUUGGCAUGAGUAGGAGCAUGAUGUAAGACUGUAACAUAAAGAAACAGGAUGUCAGGUUGUAGACUGAAUUCAUCUGGCUCAAGAAGGCUCAAGUACUGUGCUGUUGUGAACAUCAUAAUGAACCUUGGGUUACAUAAAAUUUGAGGAAUUUCUUGACUAGCUGAGUGACUGUUAGAUGCUGCAAGAUUCUGCUCCUUAUCCUGGAAAUUAUAUUUAAUGGUGGUUAUGGGAUAAAAAUACUCAUAGAAAAUUUCUGCCUUAAAAUGUUAAAUAUUUGUUGAGGCAUAAAAUAAACAUGUAAAAUCUCAGAGUAGUUACUAGAAAGUUACAUGGACAUUUUGUUAAUUUAUUGACAGAUACUAAAUCUGAAUAAAACUAAAGUGUUAAAAUUUGAUACAAUUAAUUGAGAUAAUAUGUCUAUACAUUUAAAGUUUAAUGAUGAGAUAUUGCAUGAGGAAACCCACGUUAAAUUCUUGGGGUAUUGAAAUUGAUAAGACCCUGAAUUGGAAGUCACAGAUUGAAUCGAUGCUGUCUAGAUUGGGCAAGGCAUGCUUUGCAAUAAGAAACAUGAAAUUGUAUAGCAAUAUUGAAACACUAAGGAUGAUUUACCACGCAUACUUUCAUUCAAUUAUGAAAUAUGGGAUAGUAUUUUGGGGAAACUCGUUGGAGGCUAAGAAGAUUUUUCUUUUACAAAAGAAGGCCAUCAGGAUAAUAAUGGGAAUGAAACCCAGAGAAUCAUAUAGAACAGUUUUUAAAAAAUUAAAAAUUCUGACAUUGGCCUCUCAAUAUAUUUUAUCUUUAAUGAUACUAAUGAUAAACAAUUUGGGGCUUUAUACGUUUAAUCAUACAAUUCAUGGUAAAUGAAGAAGACAAGUUAGAAACCUACAUGUUCCUCAAUCACAUCUAACAAAGAGGCAAAAAGGGGUCUAUUGCAUGAGUGUAAAAGUUUUUAAUAGUUUGUCUGAUUUUUUAAUUGAGUUAGUACAUAAUAAAAAACAGUUUAUUGGGAAACUAAAGGAUGUAUUGCUUCAAAACCCUUCUUAUACCGUUAAGGAAUUCUUGCUUUUCUGUCAAGACCUACAGCUAAGAAAAAGAGGCGUCUGACAGUGCACACUUCACUAAACGCUAUGUCCUUGGCUGUGCUUAUAUAUACUUGCUGCAAUUUGAAUUGCCUUUUAACUAUUGUAUGUGUUUUUGACAAGUAUGGAUUAUAUAUGCUAGUGAUGUUAUUUGUGAAUGUAUAA